AUGUCGUUUGGCAGUGGAGGGGGUUUCUCCUUCGGAGGAAAUAACAACAAUAAUACUCAAUCCACUUUCGGCGGCUUUGGAGGCAACAAUAAUACCAAUUCUGGCUUUGGAUCCGGCAACACCACCGGCGGUUUCGGAGCCAGUACCAACAACCAGAGUACGUUUGGAGGAAGCACAUUCGGUUCCAAUUCUGGAGGUACGUCACGGUUUUCACUGCACUCCCUUCUACUUCACUCGCAGGCAGUACCGCGCACCUGUGAAGGCAGCACUAGCCAAAUAUUCUAA